AUGAGCAAGGAGGAAAAGACCCAGGAAGUUGCAAUUAGUAAAAAGGAACAUCACCACCACCAUCACCACCAUCAUCAUCAUAAUGAUGACGAGGAUUACGAGGAAGUGGAGGUGAAAUCAAAUUCUUUGCCACAGGAAGCGAGUGGAGAUAAAAAAGAUCAUGAACGGAAACACAAACACAAGCAUAAAAAGGAUGCUAAAAAUGAAGAAAAUGAAAUUAGUAUUGAUAUCAAUGCAGAUAUACCUCUCUCCAAGAAAGAGUUACGUUUGGUGAAGAAGGGAAAGAUAACAUUGGAAGAGCUUCAAGAAAGGAAGAAAAAUGGAUCGAAAAGAAAAGUUGAAGGUGCACCAGGUUUGCAUAACAACUCAAAAAGGACAAAAUAUGGUGUGUGGAUUGGAAAUAUGUCAUUCGAUACGCAGAAACUUGAUCUUGUUACAUUUUUCACCACCAAGACAGCCGAUUUAGAAGUUGAGGAACCAAAGGAGGAAAGUGAAGAAGAUGGAGAGGCGGAGAAAACAGAAAAGAAAUGCCGUAUCCUGGAACAAGAUAUUGUAAGAAUUAAUAUGCCAAGUAAAGGAAUAAGGAACAGGGGUUUUGCUUAUGUCGAUUUUACUACCGCCUCCAAGUUGAAUGCAGCAUUAUCUUUAUCUGAAACAAAUUUAAAUGGUAGAGAUCUACUUAUAAAAAAAUCAGAUUCCUAUGAUGGUAGACCAACUAGGAAGUUCCCAGUUUCACACAAUCCACCAUCAAGAAUUUUAUUUGUGGGAAAUCUUCCGUUCGAUACAACCGAAGACCAGCUGAGGGAGCAGUUCAUGCAUUGUGGUGAGAUAGUCAAAAUUCGUAUGGCCACCUUUGAAGAUAGCGGAAAAUGUAAAGGAUUUGCAUUUUUGGAUUUCAAAGAUGAGGAAGGACCAUCAAAAGCUCUUGAAGACAGAAGUUGUCACAGAGUGGGUGGGAGAGAACUUAGAAUGGAAUUCGGUGAGGACAGAUCUAAAAGAAGAGUUGGCGGAAAUAGGGAAAGAGCACAUGAUGAUAAUGAAAGGGGUCCAAGAUCUGAUGGAAGGACAGGAAGUUAUCAGAAUAGAAAAGAAGAAUUUAGAGAAAGGGAUAACAAUCGUCCAGGACGUGAUGAACGUUUUGAAGAGAGAUAUGAUAGCUAUAAUGAAAGAACCCGAGAGGAGGACAAUCACAGGUCUUUUGAUAAAGGUAGAGGUCAUAUGAACGGAUCAAACAACUUUAAUGGAAAGAGAUUUAGAACGAGGAACGAGGAUCUUGCUCCUAAUAAACGGGUUAAAUCCUCUAUAGCGUUGGCAAAUGCGCAAAGAGAAAAUCCAGCUGCUAGACCGAGAGGAAAGAAGGUUAAAUUUGAUUAG